ACUGCAAAAUAUUAAGACUUACAAAAAAAAGAAAAAAAAAAUGAUGCGUUGCAGUACAAGUCAUGUAGUUUUAAUCUGUUGCUGAUAUCACAGACAAAAAUAAAAAUAUUUUGGACGUUUAUAGCUUCUCAUUGUAACUAUUUUUAAGUGGGUUUGAUUAAAAAAAUAAUCUACAUGCAGAGUUUAAAAGAAUUGAUUUAGGCACAAUCAAUAUAUGUACACGAGAUGUUUUUCUGUGGAAAAAAACAAAAAGACAAAGCACAAAGAAACGUCACGAGGACGCCAUGCAAAGGCAUAAGGCCACGCAAACGGCCCGUGCUUGUUAAAUUAUGCGCAGUUUAUAUUUAAGAACAACAUAAUCCAAUCUAGGGUAAAUAUUUAAAAUGGCGGAAAACGGGGAAGCAGACCAAGAGCAGGUCGUCAAGAAGCUGGCGUACAACUUCUCGAUCGUCAGGCACACGGACAUGCCCGAGGAGAUGAAGGAGGAGGCCAUCGCCAUGUGCGCGUCGGCCUUCGAGAAGUUUGACAACAACAACGAGAACGCCGCCAAGUUGGUCAAAGACUCCAUGGACAAGAGGUUCGGGACGGCGUGGCACGUGGUGGUCGGCGAAGGCUUCGGCUUCGGCGUCACGCACGAGGCCAAGCAUAUGCUCUACAUGUUUUACGGGGGGAGCUUGGCCGUUUGUAUUUGGAAGUGCUGCUAAUAGCGUCAACAUUGGCCAGUUGCGGGAUUCUCCAUCGACCACCACACGAGGAUUUCAACCAGAAGCAAUUUUCUUGAAAUCGAACGUGGCAACAAACACGACUUCCGUUUUUUUUACCAGAGAUUUUCUUCUUCGCGGCGAACCGCGGACCGCUAUUGUUUUGUUCCCUCAUUAGCGCCAUCUUUUGUCUGCCCGUAGUGGCGCACAUUAGUAGAAAGAGCGAAACGGUUUUUUUUUUUUUUUUUGUAAGGUUUGAAAGUGCAUCGAAUCAUUAAAACUUCUCUUGACAACAAAUCUUCUUCUUUUCCCUUUCGGCUUGUCCCGUUAGGGAUCGCCACAACGUGUCAACUUUUGCCAUUUUAGCCUAUCUCCUGCAUCUUUUCCUCUCUAACACCAACUGCCCUCAUGUCUUCCCACAUUCUCUUGACAACAAAUAUGUGUAUUAAUUUAACGAGAUACACUUUUUAAAAUGGGAAAUCGUAUUUUGUCAAUAAACGGUUUAUGGAGGUGAUCCUCCGG